UUCAACAGCAUGUCCGUGUACUUUGACAUCGAGAUCGACGGCAAGCCUUCCGGCCGCAUCACCUUCCAGCUGCACGCUGACGUGGUCCCCAAGACUGCCGAAAACUUCCGGGCCCUGUGCACCGGCGAGAAGGGCUUCGGGUACAAGGGCUCCGGAUUCCACCGGGUGAUCCCGAAUUUCAUGCUGCAGGGGGGUGACUUCACGGCCCACAACGGCACGGGCGGGAAGUCGAUUUACGGGACGAAGUUCGAGGACGAGAACUUCAAGCUGAAGCACACGUAGCCGGGACUGCUGUCGAUGGCUAACGCCGGGAAGAACACUAACGGGUCCCAGUUCUUCAUAACGACGGUGCCGUGCCCGUGGCUGGACGGGAAGCACGUGGUGUUCGGGAAGGUGGUGGAGGGCAUGGACCUGGUGAAGAAGAUCGAGGGACUGGGCAGCGAGAGCGGCAAGCCCAAGAGCAAGGUGACCAUCGCCGGCUGCGGCCAGCUCUGA